GCGGAAAUGCUCGGCUGACCCGGAGGGUGGCGCUUCGUUCACACUGGCUGUUGUCAUCCGCCCCUGAGGUUUCAGGCUGUCGGCAGUGAAGGUCAGAGUGCAGACCUGAGACCACUGCUCACCGACUUCAGACUCCAGUUUAUCUGUGCCUUGGCUUCCCCACUUAGUCGCAGAAGACUUAGGCUGAGGCCCCAGGAAGAGAUCUCCAUCCUUUGCAGGAGCACAACAAGAUGGCCAUGUCCCAGUUCCUUCUAGGGUGGCGGCGAAGACUGAAAUCUUUAGUACAUGUAAAGAACUUCAAAGGGCACAGAGUAAGCCCUCCAUGUGUGUGAGGUGCCAUGUCCCAGUGCCCCAGGCUGGUCCUGGGGUGCUAAAGAGGAAUGUGCCGUUACAGAAAUCAUUGACCUUCAAGGACGUGUUUGUGGACUUCACCCUGGAGGAGUGGCAGCAACUGGACUCUGCCCAGAAGAACCUCUACAGGGAUGUCAUGCUUGAGAACUACGGCCACCUGGUGUCCGUGGGGCAUCUAGUUGGGAAGCCAGAUGUGAUCUUCAGGUUGGGACCAGGUGAAGAGUCCUGGAUGGCAGAUGGAGGGACCCCGGUACGGACCUGUGCAGAAAGAAAUCCUUAUUGAUUACUAUAUCUUGCAUACAGAAGAGCAUUUAGAACACAUGCGUACUUUUCAGAAGAAAUAUAUAGCUAACACCUGGAUAAUCACCACUCAGGUUGAGAACUACGACUCUACCCCUUCCAGAUGGCAUCCUCCUACCUCUCUCCUGGAUGUAACCUGUAUCCCAAAUUCGGGGAAGUCUGGCAAGUUGAUGAGCAGAUAGAUCACUACAAGGAAAGCCAAGACAAACUUCUGUGGCAAGCUGCAUUCAUAGGCAAGGAAACACUGAAGGAUGAAAGUGGUCAAGAAUGUAAAAUAUGUAGAAAAAUCAUUUAUCUCAACGCAGACUUUGUUUCUGUAAAACAAAGACUCCCAAAAUAUUAUUCAUGGGAAAGGUGUUCAAAACAUCAUUUAAACUUUCUUGGUCAAAAUAGAAGCUAUGUAAGAAAGAAAGAUGAUGGAUGUAAGGCAUAUUGGAAAGUAUGCCUCCAUUAUAAUCUUCAUAAAGCUCAACCUGCAGAGAGAUUUUUUGACCCUAAUCAACGAGGGAAAGCCCUCCACCAAAAGCAAGCCCUUAGAAAAAGUCAGAGAAGUCAAACUGGGGAGAAACUCUACAAAUGUACUGAAUGUGGAAAAGUGUUUAUCCAGAAAGCAAACUUAGUUGUACAUCAAAGAACUCACACCGGAGAGAAACCUUAUGAAUGCUGUGAAUGUGCAAAAGCCUUCAGCCAGAAGUCAACCCUCAUAGCACACCAGAGAACUCACACAGGGGAGAAGCCCUAUGAAUGCAGUGAAUGUGGAAAAACCUUUAUCCAGAAGUCAACUCUGAUUAAACAUCAACGAACUCAUACAGGAGAGAAACCAUUUGUAUGUGACAAAUGUCCAAAAGCCUUUAAGAGUUCAUAUCAUCUUAUUAGACAUGAAAAAACACACAUUAGACAAGCAUUUUAUAAAGGUAUUAAAUGUACUAUGUCCAGCCUUAUAUAUCAAAGAAUUCACACAAGUGAGAAACCUCAGUGCAGUGAACAUGGGAAAGCCUCUGAUGAGAAGCCCAGUCCCACUAAACAUUGGAGAACUCAUACAAAAGAGAACAUUUAUGAGUGUAGUAAAUGUGGGAAAAGCUUCAGAGGAAAGUCACACCUCUCUGUUCAUCAGAGAAUUCAUACAGGAGAGAAACCCUAUGAAUGUAGUAUAUGUGGGAAGACUUUCAGUGGAAAGUCACACCUCUCUGUCCAUCAUAGAAGUCAUACAGGAGAGAAACCUUAUGAAUGCAGAAGAUGUGGGAAAGCCUUUGGGGAGAAGUCAACCCUUAUUGUACAUCAGAGAAUGCAUACAGGAGAGAAACCCUAUAAAUGCAACGAAUGUGGGAAAGCCUUUAGUGAGAAGUCACCACUGAUUAAACAUCAGAGAAUUCAUACAGGAGAGAGACCCUAUGAAUGCACUGACUGUAAAAAAGCCUUCAGUAGGAAGUCAACUCUCAUCAAACAUCAGAGAAUUCAUACAGGAGAAAAACCUUACAAAUGUAGUGAAUGUGGGAAGGCCUUCAGUGUGAAAUCAACUCUCAUUGUGCAUCACAGAACUCAUACAGGAGAGAAACCUUAUGAAUGCAGAGACUGUGGGAAAGCAUUCAGUGGGAAGUCAACUCUCAUUAAACAUCAGAGAAGUCACACAGGAGAUAAAAACCUAUGAUUAUACUUGAGAGUGGGAUAAUUAUACUAGUAGUUGUCAUUUGACUAUCACUAGUCUCAUUAUUUGUCAAAUAAUCAUGGCGAGUAAUCUUAUAAAUGUCCAGAAUAUUGGAAAUUCUUCAUAUGUUAAUGUUCGUUUAAUUUAAUAAAAAGUACAAAAGUAUAAUUCCA